ACUUCCUUUGGUUUCUUCACCUCCAGGAAAUCACUGGGAUUGGUAUCUCCACAGGGACUGUUGGCGUUAUUGCUAUUGAUCGUUAUCGAUUGUGAUCAAUAAGCGGCUUCUCAACCAAGCCUUGGCACUGGGGCUGCAAAGAAGAGUCUUCAACUUCCUAGCGUCAGAGAUGGAUUUUUAAAAUAAAUCCUGCCUUACAGGAAAGGAGAACCCUGAACGCCCCCUUCCUCCUCCAUCUGUCUGUCCGUCCAUCCUUCCAUCCAUCCAUCCAUCCAUCCAUCCAUCCAUCCAUCCAUCCAUCCAUCCAUCUCAUCCUCCCCCUCUUCCUCCUCCUUCUCCUCCUCCUCUUCCUCCUCCUCCUCCUCCUCCUCCUCCUCCUCCUCUUCCUUCUCCUCCCCCCUCCCGCUGGCCACCCCACCCCAGGGAAUUCGGAGUGGUUGCAUCGCGGGCGCUUGGCGGAUAGGGAGGGGAUGCCGUGGAAAUAAUCAUGCUCCACAGAGGAACAGAUCGGACCUGCAGCUUCUCCAAACAGAGCCUCCUCCUCUAGAGCUCCAGAAAACCAAAAGCAUAAUUAUUAGAAGAAGCUUUACAAAUUUUUUUUUCAAUUCAGCCCCUACCCUCACAUGGAAAUGGAAUAAUUAUUCUGAAUUCUGCAUCGGGAAAGCCUCUCCUUUCGCUGCAUUACCCUUGAAUGGAAUCAUUUUUUUCUCUGAAUUUGCAUCACUUCAAGCCAGAAGAUUAAAAAAACCCCCACAAUUUCCCAGCUAAAUUGGAUUUUAAAUUCUCUUUCAUUUCUCCCUUAUUAUUCUUAUGUGGAUAUGCAAGCAAGAAGAGGAGACUGGAUACUCCCAACAUGUUCACUCCCUUAAUCUGUCCGUAUAGAGGUUCUACUUCUACAAACCAAGAGACUCCCAAACACUGAACUAGCUAGCUAGCUAGUAAUGUGUGCAUCAGCUUCAUCAUCUAUGUGGACAUCCUUGGAAAGUACACUGCCAAGGGAGUCUAAGAGUUGAAGAUGAGGCCCAGGACAGCGUGCUACUCUCCAAAGUUCUGGUUAGUGCUGGCUGUCUUAGCAGUGUCAGGCACCAGGGCCCGUGCUCAGAAGAGUCACCCCAGCAUUGGUAUUGCCGUCAUCCUAGUGGGCACUUCAGACGAGGUGGCUAUCAAGGAUGCCCACGAGAAAGAUGAUUUCCACCACCUCUCUGUGGUACCUCGUGUAGAGCUGGUAGCCAUGAAUGAGACUGACCCCAAGAGCAUUAUCACUCGUAUCUGCGAUCUCAUGUCGGACCGCAAGAUCCAAGGUGUGGUGUUUGCUGAUGACACAGACCAGGAAGCCAUCGCUCAGAUCCUUGAUUUCAUUUCUGCCCAGACUCUCACUCCCAUCCUGGGCAUCCAUGGAGGCUCCUCUAUGAUAAUGGCAGACAAGGAUGACUCCUCCAUGUUCUUCCAAUUUGGCCCAUCAAUUGAACAGCAAGCAUCUGUAAUGCUCAACAUCAUGGAGGAGUAUGACUGGUACAUCUUUUCUAUCGUCACCACCUACUUCCCUGGAUACCAGGACUUUGUCAACAAAGUCCGAAGCACCAUUGAAAACAGUUUCGUGGGUUGGGAGUUAGAGGAGGUCCUUCUGCUUGACAUGUCUCUAGAUGAUGGGGAUUCCAAGAUCCAGAACCAGCUGAAGAAACUUCAAAGCCCCAUCAUUCUUCUUUACUGCACUAAGGAAGAAGCUACCUAUAUCUUUGAAGUGGCUAACUCUGUGGGACUGACUGGCUAUGGCUAUACAUGGAUUGUACCUAGUCUGGUGGCAGGGGAUACAGACACUGUGCCCUCAGAGUUCCCCACUGGGCUGAUCUCUGUAUCAUAUGAUGAGUGGGAUUAUGGUCUUCCUGCCAGGGUGAGGGAUGGGAUUGCCAUAAUCACCACAGCCGCUUCUGACAUGCUAUCAGAACACAGCUUCAUCCCUGAACCUAAGAGCAGCUGUUACAACACCCAUGAGAAAAGAAUCUACCAAUCCAAUAUGCUAAAUAGGUACCUAAUCAAUGUCACUUUUGAAGGGAGAAACCUGUCCUUCAGCGAGGAUGGCUACCAGAUGCACCCCAAAUUGGUGAUAAUCCUUCUGACCAAGGAGAGGAAAUGGGAGAGGGUAGGGAAGUGGAAAGACAAAAGCCUUCAGAUGAAAUACUAUGUAUGGCCUCGUGUAUGUCCUGAGACUGAGGAGCGUGAGGAUGAUCACUUGAGCAUUGUGACCCUGGAAGAGGCUCCUUUUGUCAUUGUGGAAAGUGUGGACCCAUUGAGCGGAACCUGUAUGAGGAAUACAGUCCCCUGCCAGAAACGCAUUGUCACUGAGAACAAAACGGAUGAGGAGCCAGAUUACAUUAAAAAAUGCUGCAAGGGUUUCUGCAUUGACAUCCUCAAGAAAAUAUCUAAAUCUGUGAAGUUUACCUAUGACCUCUACUUAGUUACUAAUGGCAAACAUGGAAAGAAAAUCAAUGGAACUUGGAAUGGUAUGAUUGGAGAGGUGGUCAUGAAGCGUGCCUACAUGGCAGUAGGAUCACUUACCAUCAAUGAAGAACGCUCUGAAGUAGUAGACUUCUCUGUGCCCUUCAUAGAAACUGGCAUUAGUGUUAUGGUGUCACGAAGCAAUGGGACUGUCUCACCAUCUGCCUUCUUAGAGCCAUUCAGCGCUGAUGUGUGGGUUAUGAUGUUUGUGAUGCUGCUGAUUGUCUCAGCAGUCGCAGUCUUUGUCUUUGAGUACUUCAGCCCUGUGGGUUAUAACCGGUGCCUUGCUGAUGGCAGAGAGCCAGGCGGUCCCUCUUUCACCAUUGGCAAAGCUAUUUGGUUACUGUGGGGGCUGGUAUUUAACAACUCUGUACCAGUUCAGAAUCCAAAGGGAACAACCAGCAAAAUUAUGGUGUCAGUAUGGGCCUUCUUUGCUGUCAUCUUCCUGGCCAGCUACACUGCCAACUUAGCUGCCUUCAUGAUUCAAGAGGAAUAUGUGGACCAAGUUUCUGGCCUGAGCGACAAAAAGUUCCAGAGACCGAAUGACUUUUCACCCCCCUUCCGCUUUGGGACUGUGCCCAAUGGUAGCACAGAGAGGAACAUUCGCAAUAAUUAUCUUGAAAUGCAUACCUACAUGGGAAAAUUCAACCAGAAGGGUGUGGAUGAUGCACUGCUCUCUCUGAAGACGGGGAAACUGGAUGCCUUUAUCUAUGAUGCCGCAGUCCUGAACUAUAUGGCAGGCAGAGAUGAAGGUUGCAAGCUGGUGACUAUUGGGAGUGGAAAGGUAUUUGCUUCUACUGGUUAUGGCAUUGCCAUCCAAAAGGAUUCCGGAUGGAAGCGCCAGGUGGAUCUUGCCAUCCUGCAGCUCUUUGGAGAUGGCGAGAUGGAGGAACUGGAAGCUCUUUGGCUUACUGGCAUUUGCCACAAUGAAAAGAAUGAAGUCAUGAGCAGCCAGCUGGAUAUUGAUAACAUGGCAGGUGUCUUCUACAUGCUGGGGGCAGCCAUGGCCCUCAGCCUCAUCACAUUCAUCUGUGAACACCUUUUCUAUUGGCAGUUCCGCCACUGCUUUAUGGGAGUCUGUUCUGGCAAGCCUGGAAUGGUCUUCUCCAUAAGCAGGGGUAUUUACAGCUGUAUCCAUGGUGUGGCUAUUGAGGAGCGCCAGUCAGUGAUGAAUUCCCCCACAGCCACUAUGAACAAUACACAUUCUAAUAUCCUGCGCCUACUUCGUACUGCCAAAAAUAUGGCCAACCUGUCUGGUGUUAAUGGAUCUCCGCAGAGCGCCCUCGAUUUCAUCCGCCGUGAGUCAUCUGUCUACGACAUCUCUGAGCAUCGCCGCAGCUUCACGCAUUCCGACUGUAAAUCCUAUAACAAUCCCCCCUGUGAAGAGAACCUCUUCAGUGACUACAUCAGUGAGGUGGAACGAACUUUUGGCAACCUGCAGCUGAAGGACAGCAACAUGUACCAAGACCACUAUCACCACCACCACCGGCCCCACAGCAUCGGCAGCGCAAGCUCCAUUGAUGGACUUUAUGAUUGUGACAACCCGCCCUUCACCACCCAGCCACGGUCAAUCAGCAAGAAGCCAUUAGACAUCGGCCUACCAUCCACCAAACAUAACCAGCUAAGCGAUCUAUACGGCAAGUUUUCUUUCAAGAGCGACCGCUUCGGUGGCCACGAUGACCUGAUCCGCUCAGAUGUUUCAGAUAUUUCUACUCACACAGUCACCUAUGGAAACAUCGAAGGCAACGCCGCCAAGAGGCGGAAGCAGCAGUAUAAGGACAGCCUGAAGAAGCGGCCAGCCUCGGCCAAGUCACGGCGAGAAUUCGAUGAGAUCGAGUUGGCCUAUCGCCGGCGUCCACCCCGCUCCCCUGAUCAUAAGCGCUACUUCAGGGACAAAGAAGGCCUACGGGACUUCUAUCUGGACCAGUUCAGAACAAAAGAGAACUCUCCACACUGGGAGCACGUGGAUCUCACAGAUAUCUAUAAGGAACGGGGAGACGAUUUCAAGCGGGAUUCCGUCAGUGGGAGUGGUCCUUGCGCCAAUAGAUCUCACCACAAGCACGGAACCAGCGACUUUGGAGCUAAUGAGCGCAAGCAUGGUGUGGUCAGUGGUGUGCCAGCCCCCUGGGAGAAGAACCUGACUAACCUCGAUUGGGAAGAAAGGCCGGGUGGUAAUUUCUGCCGCAGCUGCCCCUCAAAGCUCCACAACUAUACCGCCCCAGUGGUGGGGCAAAACUCCAGUAGGCAGGCCUGCAUCCGGUGUGAGGCUUGCAAGAAAGCAGGCAACCUCUAUGACAUCAGUGAGGAUAACUCCCUUCAAGAGCUCGAUCAGCCCGCUGCCCCAGUGCCGGUGACAUCGAAUGCCUCCACCACCAAGUACCCUCAGAGCCCGUCGAAUUCCAAGGCACAGAAGAAGAACCGCAACAAGCUUCGCCGGCAGCAUUCCUACGACACUUUUGUGGACUUGCAGAAAGAAGAAGCAGCCCUGGCCCCCCGAAGCGUCAGCCUGAAGGACAAGGGCCGUUUCUUGGAAGGGAGCCCCUACGCCCACAUGUUUGAGAUGCCAGCUGGGGAAACCACCUUUGCCAACAACAAGCCCUCAGUGCCCACUGUCGGACACCACCACCACAACAAUCCUGGCAGCGGUGGCUACAUGCUCAGCAAGUCGCUCUACCCUGAUCGGGUCACACAAAACCCUUUCAUCCCCACUUUUGGGGAUGACCAGUGCUUGCUCCAUGGCAGCAAAUCCUACUUCUUCAGGCAGCCCACGGUGGCGGGGGGAACGAAAGCCAGGCCCGACUUCCGGGCCAUCGUCACCAACAAGCCAGUGGUCUCAGCCCUUCAUGCGGCUGUGCCAGGCCGUUUCCAGAAGGACAUCUGUAUAGGAAACCAGUCCAACCCCUGUGUGCCUAACAACAAAAACCCCAGGGCUUUCAAUGGCUCCAGCAAUGGGCAUGUUUAUGAGAAACUUUCUAGUAUUGAAUCCGAUGUCUGAGUGGGGUGGGGGGAUGGGAAGAGUGGGGAAGGGAACUGUGGGGUUGGUGGGCGGGUAUGAGGGUCAUUUGGUAGUAUGUCAUAGAGGAUGAUGGGGACUGAACUUGGUUCCCAUUUGUUCCUCUCUUGGUUCUUUCUUUAUUUGUGCGAUCCUGGAGUCCUGAUUUUCAUUGAAGACAGCACUUGGUGACAUCUCUUUUGCAUCCUUCCUUUCCCAACUCCUUCCUCCUUCCUUCAUCCAUCAGGCAUUUCUCCUAUUAGCAGUGCAUUGAAAUAUGGUUUUCAAGUUUGGUGUACAAUAGUGGGAAAAAGAGAUAUCCAUAUAUAGAGGGGAAAAAAGCAAUGGCCCUUCACUGGUCUCUUUCAGCAUGAACUGAAUGGUUCUCCUUGCAUAUACAUUUGAGUCAAACAAGGAAAGGGCCAAAGAAGAGAACUCUUCCCCCAAAAGAUUUUGACAUCAAAUGAAGAAGUAGAAUGAGUGAACUAUUUGUAAAUUAUGAAGUGGCUCUCACCGAGUUCUUUUUGCCUAGACUAUGUAUGUUUAUUAGGGUAUUUGCUAUAUAGCAGAAGAAAGGAGACUGACUAUAUUUGUUAUGUAUAUAAACUAAGAAGCUUACAUUAAAAAUUCAUAUAAUUAGUUACUUGGAGUGAUGCAGGGGAAAGUUAUUGACCAGAACCCAAGAAUAAUGGGGCAAAAUUAAGGAGGGAUCUAUAAUAGUGUCCUGGGAAAUUUUGGAAGAAGAGGGUUUCAGAUAUAUUUUCUGUUACUGUGUGCAUAGACACAUAGGGAAUAUUCUUGACUCAUUCUGUUUGUUUCCACAUCACUAAACAUAGCCAAUUGAUAUACUUGGCUUCUGUGUGGACAUGAUUAUAUGUUAUUUAAAAAUUUUGCCAUCAUCCAGAAAAGGUUGGAGGAAAGUGUGUUUGUGAAUGGAUUUAAAUAAAGCAUUCAGAAGUUAAUUCCAAAUCAGAGAUAUUCUGUAGUCUAGGCAAAAGAAUGGUGAAUCAGCCAACAAAAGCAAGGUUGAGAGAAGAUUCAUCUGUAAUAGAUGAGAGUGGUGACCAUCACUGGCAAAACAAAACAAAGCAAAAAAAAAAAAACAAGCCAAAACAAAACCUUCCCAGGCAAAUUAAGGAUGGUGGGGAAUAGCCAUGGUCCAUCUUCCACAGGCAACUUCUUUUGCCACCAACGCUUGAGAAGGAAAUGUUUUUAUAGAACCUUUCCUUGUGCUUUAGACUUGAUGUUCUUUACAGUUGCUGGAGGCACCAAGAAAGGGUAAAGCAGAUGGGAACUUAACAAAGUGAGGAAGAGCUUCAUGGUAGGUUGAGUAGGAGAGGGGGAUGUCCUUAGAACUUUGAUCCCUCUUUACUUAACCCAAAGAAAGAGAAACUUCCUUGUUUUCCUUAGAAUUCGCCAUAUUUUUCACAAUGGGAAAUGUAGCUUCUCUCCUUGAGGAAAACUGGGAUGAUACAAAUUAAACAGCCUAUAAGUAUACAAAGAGCCAAUGGCAUGGAGAGAAGGAGGCAAUCUGAAAAAAGAAGUAGAGGAUGGAAGUUGGAAGAAGGAUCUAAGCUGGUACCAUAUUGGGACUUGACAUCCAUAAAAAUAUUGAUGUUUCCAGUGUAAAAUAUUAUUGAUAUAGGAGUAUUUUGAUGUUGGGAACCAACCUCACUCUUUUGAUUAAUAUCAUUCUAGAAUUUUUUUUAAAAAAUUAGCUCCAUGAAGAAGAGUGUUAGAAGAAGUGAUGUUCCUUUCUUUAAAACCAGUAAAAGUGGAGAAGAGAAAUAGGUAUUUGUCACUGCCUUUGAUCCUUGUGUGGGAGAAAUGGAAUUGAAGAAACUCAAUGAUCCUAUUCUGUGAAUGCUAUCUGAACCUCCAUUCUACCAGGUAGCACCCAAAGGGUCUCAUAUCAGUUUGGCAGCAAGACAAUAGCUCACUGCUAUCCUCACAGGACAUAUAAACCAGAAAGGUGCUCCUCCCAUGGAAAGAAAGCCACAAUUUCUCUUCAAGUCAUGUUCUCCAGGGUUCUUCUCUAUCUUCCCCUUUGUUCUGCCUUCUCACAAUUCCAUUUUCCUUCUACCUCCCCACCACUCUUUCUUGAUUUCUUUACCUCAAUAUCUUUCAUUUUUUUAAGCCAAUUAAAGGCCUUGUUGAAGCUUUGUUUUCUUUCUAAAAUGGACUUGGGGGAAAGGGGCUGAACCUCUCACAGAUUUUGAGAGGGGCACAGUGUGCUUUAUCUGAAAUUAAAGGAGAGACUAAGAGGGAGGAUGAAGGGCCAGGAUGAUGGAGAAAGGCCACAAAAAACAGGACUCCAUCUAAGUAUGCAGGCCCCUUGCUUACUCUUCCUCUUUCUCUUACCUCACCCUUUUAAAGUAAAAACCAAACCAACUAACCUAGCGAACAGCAAUCUAGAACCAAGGGGACUCUGUCCCUCUCUGAUGGCAACAGAGAUUAAGAUGGUGUUUAUUUCAUAUGUAAAUAUUUUGUUUUAUAAUUAAUUUU